UUUAACCACCAGGAGCAAGAGAGAGAAAAAAGAGAAGAGGACUGACCUGUGGCUGGAUUGUUUUAGGAUGUGGCUGGUGUGCAGCAGACGUGACAACCAGGUGUGAUCGCAGGCAGAAGGGGGUCCAAUGGCCACUGCAAAUUAUGACCCCCACCUGGGCGCAGGCCCAUCCGAGGACUCGGAGAUCCUCCUGGAUGAUUCUGAUUCGGACAGUGUCCUUUCCGAUGACUCGGUGCUGCCUGACUAUGAGAAGGAUGAAAAUCCUACAGAGCCGGCUAAGACGCUGUAUGAGGCCUGCAGUAAGAAUGACCCCACAUCCCUGCGCAGGAUCCUGGAGAGAGGAGUCACUAAAGACGAGGCCAUGGAGCUGGACAUCAACGGCAGGAAUGGGCUGAUGUUGGCUGUGAGCAAGGGUUUCAUAGACAUUGUUACCCUGCUGCACACGUGUCCAUUUAUAGAUAUCAACCACCAAGACAAUGAUGGAAAUACUGCCCUCAUGAUUGCUGCCCAGGCAGGCUUCAUCACCAUUCUAAACUAUAUCAUUAACUACUACACUGGUGUAGACACUGAGAUCAGGGACCCCCGUGGCUUCACAGCCCUCAUCAAGGCAGGCCUGCAGGGCCGAGAAGAGUGUGUGUCCGCCCUGAUAAUGCAUGGUGCAGACAUGAACGCAAUGGACCUGGUCCAAGGGAGAGGUCUAAAGGACUGGGUCAUUAGGACAGGAGGGUUUGAGACUCUCAGAAGAAUACGUAGCCUGCAGGCUCAUCCUGUCGCUGAGCAGUUCUAUGAAAGCUACAUUCCAGAGUGGCCUGAGCUGAAGCAACUGGUAGCAAAGGCCACCGCCACCAAAACAGCAAGUCAGAAGCUGAGGCAGCGCUUAAAAGACAGCCUUUCUUUCAGCUUCCCUCAGGACCCCCAAGACAAUGGGGUAUUGGACCAUAUGGUGCGGAUGACCACAGGCCUCCACAGCCCCCUGGUAGCCACUGGUUGCCGUCCACUCUGUCCCAGCAGCCCCCCAGAGAUUGGCAAGCGACGGUUUGCUGUCCCUGAACUGGUUGAAAAGUAUGGCGGCAAGCAGCUGGAGUACAGCACAGUGUCCCACAGUAAAGGCUCUGUCACCUCAGCUUCUCCCCCUGCUGUGUCAGCCACCUCAGUAUCACUGACCUCCUGCUGCCAGGACGCAGAGCGCAGGGACAGCCUGGCGCCAGGUGGCAUGAGGAGCUUCAUUCCCCGUAGCAUGGCACACAGGAAUAGCAUCUUCCCCUCAGGCUGUAUUCCCAAGAUUGAAGUGACAAAAUCUGGGGAGCCCACUCCAAAGAAGGAGAAAAAGAAGAAAAGGCAGAGGGGCUACCUGGAGCCUCCUGUAUGGAAGUAUAAGGAGGCCAAGGAGGAGAAAAAGAGGGAGAAGAAGCAGCAAGAAAAGGAGCAACAGAAAAAAUGCAAGGGGUCCAAACGUUCAUCGAGCCAAAAAUGAAGCAUUACUCUCUUUUCCUCAGAGAAUUUCACUGUGAUAAUGUCGUGCAUGAGGACUGAGCAUGUG